AUGGCCUCGGCGGCGACGGCGCUGUGGCAGCCGCAGGAGGAGGGGCUCCGCGAGAUCUGCGCGCUCCUCGAGGCGCACAUCUCCCCCAACUCCGACCAGGCCCGCAUCUGGCAGCAGCUCCAGCACUACGCCCAGUUCCCCGACUUCAACAACUACCUCGUCUUCCUGCUCGCCCGCGGAGAGGGAAAAACUUUUGAAGUAAGGCAAGCUGCUGGUCUCCUAUUGAAAAACAAUCUGCGAGCGGCUUUCGUUUCUAUGCCUCCUGUAUCUCAGCAAUACAUCAAAUCUGAGCUGCUGCCAUGUAUAGGCGCAACUAAUAGGGCAAUUAGAUCAACAGUUGGAACAGUUAUCAGUGUACUCUUCCAAAUUGUUCGAGUCGCUGGAUGGAUCGAGUUGUUUCAGGCUCUACAUCAAUGUUUGGACAGUAAUGACCUGGAUCAUAUGGAAGGUGCUAUGGAUGCUAUCUACAAGAUAUGUGAAGAUGUACCUGAAGAGCUUGAUGUUGAUGUUCCUGGUUUGUCCGAACGACCAAUCAAUGUAUUCAUGCCACGGAUGCUGCAGUUUUUCCAGUCCCCACAUGCAAGUCUUAGGAAACUUGCAUUGGGCUGUAUCAACCAGUAUAUUGUGGUGAUGCCAUCGGCGCUGUAUAUGUCCAUGGAUAUGUAUCUGCAGGGCUUAUUCAGCCUUGUGAAGGAUCCAUCACCAGAUGUCCGGAAACUGGUCUGCUCGGCCUGGGUUCAGCUCAUUCAAGUGCGGCCAUCAAUUUUGGAGCCACAUUUCAAAAAUGUCACUGAAUUGAUCCUGCAAGCAAAUAAAGAUUCGGACGAUGAAGUUGCUCUGGAGGCUUGUGAAUUCUGGUCGGCAUACUGUGAUGUUAGCAUGCCUCCUGAAGGACUGCGGGAAUUCUUGCCACGCUUAAUACCAACUUUGGUAUCGAACAUGGUCUAUACCGACGACGAUGAAUCACUUGCUGAUGCUGAGGAAGACGAAUCCUUUCCAGACAAGGACCAGGAUCUGAAGCCCCGUUUCCAUGCCUCUCGAUUGCAUGGAUCUGAAACUGGAGAAGAUGAUGAUGAUGAUGAUGAUGCUGUAAAUGUUUGGAAUUUGCGGAAAUGUAGCGCUGCUGGGUUGGAUGUCCUUUCGAAUGUUUUUGGGGACGACAUUCUUCCUACUUUAAUGCCUUUGAUUGAGCAAAAUUUGGCUCGGAUAGAUGAUGAUGCCUGGAAGGAGCGGGAAGCUGCUGUUUUAACUAUUGGUGCUAUAGCAGAGGGAUGCAUUACUGGAUUAUAUCCACACCUUCCACAGAUUGUUGCCUUCCUAAUUCCUCUUCUUGAUGAUAAGUUUCCUCUUAUACGGAGUAUUACUUGUUGGACCCUCUCCCGAUAUAGCAAGUUCAUUGUUCAGAGCCUGGAGCAUCCAAAUGGCCGCGAACAAUUUGAUAAGAUCCUCAUCGGUUUGCUUAGAAGGAUACUGGAUACUAAUAAAAGGGUGCAGGAGGCUGCUUGUUCUGCAUUUGCAACGCUUGAAGAGGAGGCUGCAGAAGAACUAGUACCACGACUGGAAAUCAUUUUGCAGCACCUCAUGUGUGCAUAUGGAAAAUACCAGAGGCGAAACCUUAGAAUACUGUAUGAUGCUCUUGGUACUCUUGCUGAUGCUGUUGGAGCAGAGUUAAACCAGGCAAAGUAUCUAGAUAUAUUUAUGCCGCCAUUAAUCGCGAAGUGGCAACAACUUCCCAACUCUGACAAAGAUCUAUUUCCGCUGCUUGAAUGCUUUACAUCUAUCGCACAGGCACUGGGACCAGGAUUUUCUCAGUUUGCUGAGCCAGUGUUUCUGAGAUGCAUCAGUCUUAUCCAAUCCCAGCAGCUGGCAAAGGUUGAUCCUGCUGCAGCGGGUGCGUUAUAUGAUAAAGAAUUCAUUGUCUGUUCAUUGGACCUGUUGUCUGGACUUACAGAAGGACUUGGUGCUGGUAUUGAAAGCCUGGUUGCGCAAAGCAAUUUGAGAGAUCUACUUCUGCAAUGCUGCAUGGAUGAAGCAGCUGAUGUUCGACAAAGUGCUCUGGCUCUUCUUGGGGACAUUUCUAGGGUCUGCCCUAUACAUCUGCAUCCACGCCUUCAAGAAUUCCUUACUGUUGCAGCAAAGCAAUUGACCCCACAAUCUGUGAAGGAUGCUGUGUCAGUUGCUAACAAUGCUUGUUGGGCGAUUGGAGAAUUAGCAAUAAAGAUCGGCAAAGAAGUUUCACCUGUGGUGAUCAGUGUUGUUUCAUGCUUGGUUCCUAUUCUAACGAACCCAGAGAGCUUGAAUAAGUCACUUACUGAAAAUAGUGCAAUCACCCUUGGGAGGCUUUCCUGGGUCUGUCCAGACAUUGUGGCCCCUCAUAUGGAACAUUUCCUGCAAGCCUGGUGCAAUGCCCUCUGCAUGAUAAGAGAUGAUUUUGAGAAAGAGGAUGCGUUCCAUGGUCUAUGCGCAAUGGUGGCAGCAAACCCAACAGGGGCUGUGAGCUCACUAUCUUAUGUGUGCCAGGCAUGUGCGAGUUGGAAUGAGAUAAAAACUGAAGGCUUACACAAUGAAGUGUCUCAGAUUUUGAAGGGCUACAAGCAGAUGCUUGGAGGUGCUGGUUGGGAGCAGUGCAUGUCCACCCUAGAACCAGCAGUGGUGCAGAGAUUAGCCAGAUACGGGGUCUGAUGAAGCCAAGAGUCAAAUUGCAGAAAGGAGGAAGUGUUACUUGUCAGGGCAUGCGAUUGGGCAAAGUCGGUCAGGUGUCCAGCAUGUAGCGCAUUGUGUGAUUUUAAAUGAUGCGAGUGAUUCUGCAUGGGUUGGUGUUGUAUACUCUGGUUAUAUAGUCCACACAGAGCUGCUCAAAGCAUGUCACAAAGAGUUGAGCGACUUACAAUGAGAGAAAUUAAUUUUUUUCGAGUUGAAAAAAGCGGUGUACGCUUUGUUAGUUAUAGAGACUUGGGGUCGGGUCAAUUUGUAUUGGCUUGUUUUCAGUGGGCUUGGUUUUGCUGGCAGUGGACUUAGGGUCAGGUUGCUCCAUCCACAAGCAGGUUUUGGUCGUCCUCUUAAGGAAAGUGUAUCAAGUUUCCACGUCUUGGCAGUUCUAUUUUCUGUAUUAAAAUGGAAGUUCUUUGCCAAUGCUGAUAUAAGAUUGAAGAUGCUCACCCGAAAGCAUUAAAUCAGCAGUAGUGAGAUUCAAUAAUGGCAAACAGUAUUCUUGGGGUGUCUUCUUUCUAGAUGAUGUCAAAUUUGAGAAAACACUGGCUGAGUCAUUGGAACCUCACAUAACUCGUGUAUGUCCUUCUGUAAUACUAGUAUUGGAUUGUAUUUUUAUCCCUGGUCAGAUUGGGCUGUAAAAUAGGUCGCGAUGUCUUUUUGGACAAA